CGUGACGUAGCCUUUCAAAUUAACAGAACGCAGUUUGUUGUAUUUGUCGUAUUUGUUUAUAUUCACGCGCCUGUAAAUUAUCCUUUUCGUCAUGUCGUCGGAUUUUGAGACCUACGAACAGGACUUCGGCACCCUUACAGCCGAUAUAACCAACAAGAUUGGCAGGAUACCCAAACUAAGUGGUGAGGAGAAGACGCAGCUGGUUCUAAAUGUGGACAAACAGCUUGAAGAAGUCAGAGAGCUGAUGGAGCAGAUGGACCUGGAGGUGCGUGAGAUUCCUGCCCAGAGCAGAGCCAUGUACAGCACCCGCCUCCGCAGCUACAAGCAGGAGAUGGACAAGCUAGAGAAGGACUUUAAAAGGUCACGGAUCGCCUACAGUGAUGAGGUUCGCACAGAGCUGCUGGGGGAGGAUGCUGCUUCCUCAGAGAGUCAGAGAGCGCAUCUGUUGGACAACACGGAGAUGCUGGAAAGGUCAUCGCGCAGGCUGGCGGCAGGCUACCAGAUAGCAGUGGAGACCGGACCCCCCCACAAUGGAGGCCGGCUGGCCGCUCACAAUGGAACACCAGCGGCCUCUCUCUCCAUGCAAGAGCUCAACCAACACACGGGAGGGGCCGCUCCGUGUGUGUGUGUGUGUGUGUGUGUGUGUGCGUGUGUGCAUGUGUGUGUGUGUUUUUGGGGCGCAUUUUUCUCGAUAAUGUUUGGGUAUGUGAUUUGCUGUGAGACCUCUCCUCGUGGUUGUGAUACUGACUAUAGUGGUUUAGUUGCACAGGGAAGAUAGUUUCCACCUGCCGAUGUAAGUGUUUCAAAUAGUAGGAUGCACAAGCGAGUGUUUCUGCGGGAGGUUAACUGGGACUCAUCUGUUAACGCAACAGUAGGCAACAACUCGACACAUUAUGAGAUAUUGUUUUAUAAAACGUCUAUGGUAUCCUCUUCAACAACUCGACACAUUAUGAGAUAUUGUUUUAUAAAACGUCUAUGGUAUCAUCUUCAAAUUUAUUGUGAUGGUAUAGUCAUAU